AUGGAUGAUGAGAAAAUUUGCAGUUUCAUAAAAGACAACCUAAACAUAAAUGAUCAAGAGGUGGUAGAGUAUAUGCUAUUUCUGAUCAGACACAAGAGGCUCUUUGAAAUUGAGCCACUGCUCGAGAGGGCCGAUUUUGUGAAGCUAAUGAGUAUUGCGUACAGUGAAUCCGAACCCAGAAAUCUGUUCAUAAGGCGUGAUGAGCCACGCUUUCUAAAAGAUUUUAAGGACAAUGAACGGAUUAAUAAUCAUCCGAUAGCACCGAGUACUUGCAACACACGAGACAUAAACAUUAACAAGCCGCUCGUAUACCGGAUGAAUGCUGAUCUUCCGGUGUUCGCGUACGAAAAAGCAAUUACGGAGGCGCUAGUGAACAACAAAGUAAUCCUAAUAGAGGGUGGCACUGGCUGCGGGAAAUCCACGCAAAUACCCAAAUUUCUUUUGAACUACUUCGACAGGAUCAUAGUUAGUCAACCUCGGCGCAUAGCAGCAUCCAAUUUGGCAAGGAGAGUGAGUCUUGAGAUUAACGAAAGUGUGGGGUGUACGGUUGGUUACAAAGUCCGGUUCGAUGAAAAAUCGUCGAGCAAGACACGGCUUAAGUUUGUUACCGACGGCGUGCUGUUACAGGAACGCGAAGCAUACGACUUAAUAAUUAUCGAUGAGGUGCACGAGAGAAAACUUAACACAGACAUAUUCUUUGCUGUGAUGAACAAAUAUCAGUAUAGCCGACUGAUUCUUAUGAGCGCGACGGUGAACAGUUACAAAUUCAUAAACUUUUUUAAAUGUGCCAAUAUCAUCAUCGAACAAAAAAGGUUUAGCAACGAUAUACAUUAUCUGCCUUUUCCCUGUUAUGAUUUCGUGCGAAAGAUAGUUGAGCAGCUGAAGAUAGUACUAUCAAAUGCACGGAGCAGCAUCAACAUCCUAGUGUUUCUGAGUGGAAUGCAGGACAUCGACAGAUGUUUCAAUUUAAUCAAAAGCCAGAGUUUUGAAACAACCGUAGUGCUCAAAUCGCACAGUGCCGUGUCGUUUCAGAACCAACAAAAGAUAUUUAAAAAGUAUGACGAGUCGAAAAUUAUUCUAUCUACGAAUAUUGCGGAAACAAGUAUAACUAUUGAGGACCUGGACGUGGUUAUUGAUAGCGGUUUUGUGAAACAAAAACGGAUGGAAAGUGGAAUCGAGAGGCUAGAAAUGAUAAGAAUUUCUAAGGAACAGGCUGACCAGCGCAGCGGUCGUGUUGGGAGGACAAAGAGAGGUGUUGUGUACCGAAUGUAUACACAGAGCGAGUUCAGUGCCUUCCAUCAUGAAGGUACGGCUGAAAUCAUGAACGCAAAUCUUGGCAAUUUGAUACUAGUCACGAAGAGUCUGGGGAUACAGCAUAUACAGAGAUGCAGGUUUCUCGAAAGACCCCCCUUGGAGAACUUUAUCGACCCACUUGAGAGGCUUUAUCGGCUUGGAGCAUUGGAUGAUAGAGGAUCAUUGACCGAGCUUGGUCGUGAAGUUGCACGAUUACCUCUCGAACCCGAAUUGGCGAUCUCACUUUUGAAAGCCUUUCAACUUGAGGUUUUUGUCGAGGUCGCAACCAUUUGUGCGCUUUUGUCGGUACGAAAUCUGUUCAACCACUCCAAUAUCGAUGAGUACGAGGAAGUUAAGAAGACAUACGGAGACACGAUGGGUGAUUUCUUCUUCCUCAUGAAUGUCUAUCAAAACGCCAUAAAACGGGGAGAGAAAUAUGCAAUCAAGAACAAGAUUAAUUUUAAAGUAGUUUCAGAAACCAAGCAUAUAGUUCAGCAGUUGUGUAGCCUUUUUCGCGGUCAUGAAGUCAAGCGCUUUCAAAUCGAUCACUCCAGCAGACGAUUGCGGAUAAUCAAGUCAUUUUGUGCUGGAUAUUUUUUGAAUACAGCCAGAAAAACAGGAGCCUCGUUUAGAACGUUCUGGAAUGACGAAGAAGUUUGUGUACACCCGUCAAGUGCGCUGAAUACUAGCAAUGCCGAAUAUAUUUUGUACACUAGCAUUAUUUUUACUGAUAGGACGUAUGCAAAAAAUUGUGUUAAAGUUAGAAAAGAAGAUCUUAUAGAAGCAUCGAGUAUGUUUAGGCCUGAGUAGUUUGUACUUGGGUGACGCUGUUGUUUCAGCGAUUUCUAUUCUCACCGAAAUUGUUUGUUCUUUGCUUGUGCUUAAGACGACUUUUUUGUACAUGAAUAUGGCGGAAAAUGGUAAAUUAUAUAGCGAUGGACCGCGACUGUGGAUCGUACGCACAAUGUGCUGUCUGUGUAGAAAGCGUUUCUCGUUUAUGUGAACAUUUUUUCUAACAUGCUAUUGCACUGCAGCUCAUUCCAAUUUAGAGACUGUACACAUGUGUAAGUAAAUUAAACACACGUAUCCGUGCACAUGUAUCUAGUUUACAGAAAAGACACGUAAUGCCCGAGUCGAUACCUGAGCACACAUCAAAAGUGUAGACUAGCAAACAUAUGACGAGUUUUUAUCACAUGUGGUAGAUGGUUAUAGUAUGAAUUACGAGCCAUUCAAUCAUCGCUUUCAGCCGUAGAAUUAAUAAAUCACUAUUUUGCUGGUUUAAACCGGUUUGUUUGGUUCAUGUGAGUGAGCGAAUCGUGCGUGGUUAUAAACCCCGUUUUUUUAGAGUCGUGCCAAAGUGAGCUCGGGCCCAAAGCAUAUGUUCUGUAAUUUUGCCUUCGACAUUGAUGGGUCUUUAAUGUAACAAGAAGCAUUUCUGGAUGUUUAUACAUUGUAUUUCAGAUCAUGCAUGUUGUUUGAUUUGGCAUAAGAGUAAGAAAAUGGUGCAUCUGCAAGAAUUGUAA